AUGAGCAGGGAUCUAGUUGAGUUCAGGAAGUGUAGUCCUCCUCAAUUCAGGAGUGAUGCAGAUCUGGAGGUGGCUGACCACUGGAUUUGCGAGUUGGAGAAGAUAUUCUCAGUUUUGGGUUGUUCAGAAGAGCGGAAGCUCGCGUAUGUAGUGUAUGUGUUGACAGGGGAGGUAGAGCAUUGGUGGAGGGGUACUAGUCAGAUGUUGAUUGACCGUGGAGUAGUUGUGGGCUGGGUGUGCUUCAAUAGGGUUUUCCUCGAGAAGUACUUCCUAGAAAGUGUCAGGCAUGCUCGGGAGGUAGAGUUUAUGAGAUUGCAGCAGGGUGAGAUGUUAGUGACUGAGUACGCCAUGAGAUUCAAGCAUUUGGCACGCUUCUACACCCAAGCCAUCUUUGAGGCUUGGAAGUGUAGGAAGUUUGCUGAACGAUUGAAGUAUGAUUUGAGGAGAGUGGUGGUGCCUAUGGCCAUCACAAAGUUUCCAGCCUUGGUAGAGAAGGCGAAUGUUGUAGAGCGGCUAGAGAGCGUCGACUAG